AUGUCCUACAACAUAACCUCCUCCCCCGCGCUCUCCCCCAACGCCUCCAACAAAAUGAUCUCCUUCCUGGAAUCCUUUUACCGCACCAGCGACGACGAAUCUCAGCACGACGCAUACGUCGACUCCUUCACCAAGGAUGCAACACUGAUUAUGGGCCCCAAGACCGCCAAGGGCUCGGAUGAAAUCCGCACACUCCGCCACGGCCUCUGGACGCAUGUUGCGUCGCGCAAGCAUACGCCGACUAAGGUCUUCUUCGGUGGAGAUGAUGAGCUCAUGCUCUAUGGGACGGUGAAGUAUACCCUGCGGGCGAACCCAGAGGGGCAGGUUGAGGUUCCGUGGGCGGGGAGAGUGGUGUUUGGGGAGGAAGGGAAGAUGAAGUUUUAUCAGGUUUAUCUGGAUCCUUCGGCUCAGUCUGGGAAGAAAUAG